AUGCCUCAUCGAAAAAUAUAUCAGUUCGUAGAAGAAAGAUUAGUUCGUGAAAAAAAGAUCAAAUUGAUAGAAUAUGACAGGUUUAGACAGCCACCAAGCGAACUUGUUGAUUCUAAAGAUGAGCGAAUGACAAAUGUUAAGUUAUUGAAUAAUGAACUUGUAAAUUUAAGUUUAUUGAGAAAUUUAGAUGGAUAUGAUGAUAAGGCUGUUGGAAGUUUGAUGGUCGAGGGUGCUCCUCUUGAAUGGGAUAAGAAACUAAAAUUAACGAAUCAAAUUGUUUAUGGCUUGAAAUUCCUUCAUGAUCAAGGUGUUGUUCAUUCAGAGCUGAAUCCGAAAAAUAUCGUUAUGCAUGGAGAGAUACCUAAAUUAACCAAUAUCGGAAUGUCUCAAAUCCGCAAUCGACCCAGUUGCGCAAUAAUUCUCGAGAAAUUAAAAAUUAUUUCCCUCUCGGAUACAUUUGUUGCGGAUAAUGUCAAGGGUUCAUCUGAUACCCGGAAGUCUAUGCCUAGACCUUAUAUAAAUAUUGAUUGUGUAUUGGAUUAUAAUUAUGUGUUAAAAGAACAAAGAGUAAUUCAACUUAAAGUCGAAUUCAUUAAUCAUUUGGCGUUGAACAAAGGUCGAAAUCUUGAUGGAUUUGAUUUUAUUCCUGCGAAGAAAUCUAUUUUAUAUGAUAAUGGAAAUCUAAAAACAGACAAGGUGUAUAUGAGCUCACCAAUUAUAUAUCUUCCCAAAAGUAAAAAUUCUCCUUGGUGGGAAUUAAAUAAGUUAAGUUUAUUCAUGACUCAACCAAAGAAAACAAGGGAUUCAAAAGAUGACGACGCACGAAUCCAUGUACCAGUUGCAACUGUGAACUAUACAUGUAAAGCUACUAAUGAAUUUAUUGAGAAUGUAAGAAAUGCACUUAAUUCUUCAGAUUCUUCAGAGAUCAAAAAGAAUCUGGAAAGGACAUUCAAUGAUUAUGGUAAUUACGUGGUUACAAAAGUUACACUUGGUGGUGUUAUUACUAUUAGGAAUUGGUCAAAAGUUUCUGCUGAAAGUAGAUCAUAUUUAAUGUGUUAUAUCCAACGAGGAAUUUUCUACGGUAAAGGGAAAGUUUCGGAAAUUUUUGAAGAUGUUCCGCUUAAUAGAAUACCGCCACUUGAGACUUCAAUCGAUAUGAGAACUCUUGGAGACUUGUAUACUUGGUUUAAAGGCGUAUACGAUUGUAAUUUUGCAGAAAUUAUAUCGUAUGAAGAAAUUAUUCCAUCCUAUGAACUUUUGCCUGAUAAUUUAAGAAAUCAAAUAUUCAAAGAAAUGGGGUUUGUACCCAAUGAAAAACCCUGCAACGCGCUAAUCCCUAAUAUUCCUACUGACUACGAUAAACAAGAUAUUUUGAAAUGGAUAAUAGACAAACCACCACAUAACUUAUAUCUUGGUGAUUGGGUUCAUGAGAAUGCAUUACAACAUGGUGUGAUUCUACAGCAUUCAGGCCUUGGACAUGGAAAGUUUGCUGCCUUUAAAUUUUUAAAGGAGCCUGAAAUUACAGUAAUAAAUAAAAUCACAGUUUUAUUAGAACAACCUCAAACUCGCCAAGAAGCCUACUUAUUGGAGAACGGUAUAAUUUUAAAGGAAGAAGAUGGAUUAGAACUCGAUAAAAUUCCCUUUGGCGAAUAUAGCUCGACACUUAAUUGCCCUUUGGAAGAUUUUAAACAUUCUAAAGAUGAACUUUCGACGGCAAUCUAUUGUCGAAUUAUUUUUAAUGCGGUGAAGAUUUCGUUUAAUCUCUCAGACAUUAAGGUUUUACCAGAUUUUUCAUAUGCAGUAAAUACUGCACUUCGAAACAAUCUGCCAUUUAAAAAACUUUGUGAAUUAUUUGGAAAUGAUUAUGGUCACUUAUUAUCAAGAACUUUUACUUUGGGUGGGAUUUUGUCAAAAAAGUAUAAAUCUACUGGCAUAAUUUUACCACAAAAAAGGAUUAUUCUCGAAUAUGAUAUAGAUGAUCAAACACCUCGAGAAAUUGAGAAAAAGUUAAAAGAGUGGAACAAAGAAUUUAAACAUUUGGACACAUCAUUUUUUCUUAAUAAUAGUGGAGAUAUCAUUUAUCGUAAUAAACUUGGUGAUUGGUUAAAAGAUCUCUUCGAGAAUAAGGAUACGCGUAGUAAUUGGAAUGUUGUUGCCCAUGAAGAUUGGGCACCAUUAUAUAAAAUUAUGAAGAAAACACACAAAAAUAUUGAAGAGACCUUUGAUGAUACGUAUCAUCUUGUUUGUAAUGGAGAAGUACCUUUAAGUAAAGAUCAAACUACAACAAUUAUUAAGUUUCCAGAAUCAUUGAUCGACGAUAAAUAUUAUAUUUAUGGAGUUGUUAUAAUGAAAAAUGCUAACGGUAGUUGGGACGCAAUUAGUAAGGUUUCUGUUCGUUUUGAUUAUCCUAACAAACAAACCUAUCAAGAAAAUAUAGUUCUUAGGUGGUGUGUAGUUGAUACUGAUGAAAGAGGAUUUAUAGUUGGUGAAAGUAAUCUAUACUCAUUAGAUUUGUUCGGAGAUUACCUCGACGAUCACAAUGAAGAUUUUGAUGAGAAUCUUGAGAUUGAACCACGAUUCCCACCGCAGAUGUCAUUAGAUGAUGCAAUUAAACAACACACUUAUCCAGAUGGAAAUACACUUGAAGCAUGGAAAACAUUCGUAAAUCAUUCUAGAAAAGGGAGCAUUAUUGCAGAUUACUGGAUUGGAUAUUAUCUACAACAAGAUAUUCUAAAAUCAAGAACGGUUUAUGAAGAAGAUAUCGAAUAUGUUAUUCAAGGAGAAGAUACCUAUACUCAAGUCGCAAUGAAGUAUUACCAGAAAGCCGCCAAUGCUAACUACCCUGAAGCACAAUUAAGAUAUGGUUUUGGCCUUUAUUAUGGGCUUGGCGUUGAUAAGGAUAAGAAUGAAGCCACACGCUACUUCAAAUUAGCUGCAGAGAACAAUAAUCCUACUGCAAUGUAUAAUUUAGGUGUUAUUUGGAUGUUUGGCGAUAACAAAAGAGAAAAAGAAGAAGGAGAGCAAUGGCUAAUAAAGUCAGCCAGACUUGGUCAAUUAAAAGCUAUCGAAAUUUGCGAUAGUAAAGAUAUUAAAUACCGCUAUCCUUAA